AUGAGCCUACACACUUUAAAUGGAGAAAAUAUUAGUGAUGGCAUAGCGGCUGAAAGCUGUGCAAUACUUUUCACGUCUGCAGAGACCACAGGCAGGACUUCUAUUCUUCGGCCAUCACAGAAGGAAAAUGUGCCACCGAAAGGAAUAGUGAAGCCUAUGAAGGUAACUUUCCAAACUCCAAUGCGGGAUCCUCAAACUCGCAGGAUCUUGAGUCCAGAUAUAAAGAAAAAGCCUGAAAUUUCUCUUAUAGCAGAUAUUUCAGACAGUCUUCUUGUGACUGCAUGUAAUGCUGUGAGUCAACCAACAAUUACCACAGAGAUUACUUCAGCAAAAGAAAAGAUACAAACGGAAGGAAAGCUCGUUCCUGAUCCUUCAGAUGAUCUAACCUACUUGCCUACUGUCAAUGAUGUUGAGUCAUUUAAGAGCUCAGACAGCCUUCUGAAUUAUUCUAAUAGCCAGAAACAGUCUCUUUUGGAAGUUCUUGCUGGAGCUGAAAAACAAGAUGGAUUUUCUCUUUCAUGUGAUUCAGUUUGGUGGCCUCAAACUGUAACUAAAAAUAUUCCAUCUGAGGAAGCAGUCUGCACAACCAGGAAUAAUUUCUCCCUCGCCUCGUUACUACAUGAUGAUGUCUCAAAGCAAAUUCUAAAUUAUGAUCAUGCCACAAACCUUGCCUCUAACAGAGCUUGCAGCCCUGAGCCCUUACCAAUGUUGUACUUACAACAUUCUCCCAGGCAAAAAUUAGGAUUCCACUGA